UAGAUUUAUGGAAUAAUUCUCUAGAGAAUGUUAGGUUUAGAAAAUUCGGUAUUGCUAAUCAAAAGAAAAAAUGCAAUCUGAAAAUAUGACAAAAUCAUGCAGAUUAUGUCUAAAUACUGUAUAUGACACAAACCUCCAGGUAAUAGGAGGACUCAUAACAGACGUUCUAGAAUUUGUUUUGCCGAAUGUGAAUUUGGAGGAAGAGUAUAAAUAUUUCAUAUGUAAAGCAUGUACCGUAAAAUUAUUGGCUGCCUUUAAUUUUAAGUCGUCGUGUAUGGAUACUGAGGAUAUUAUUUUUUCCCAUAUUAAUGCCAGUAAAGGGUCAUCGGUUGACAUAAAGGAUGUUUAUUUAAAAGAGAAGGGGAAUAUUAAGUUAAUCGAUAUAUCAGAAAAUCAAAGAAUUUGUCGAUUAUGUUUACAAUUGGUAACUUACGGAUUUGUGUCAUUACAAGAAGUUGACGUAAUCGAUAUUUAUAUACCACAACUUAACAUCAGCGCUACCAGGGAUCCUGUUAUAUGUGGAUCAUGUUUUCAUUCGGUUCAUAUGCAUGGCAGUUUUUUAAAGAACUGCCUUGAUGCGCAGGAAAAAUAUAAGUAUGCUGAUAGGAAGACUUAUGUUAAUUCUGAGGAGAUUGAAAUAAAACUGGAAGAUGAUCUGGUUGCACGGGAAAAAUAUGAAAAUGUUGAUAAACAGUCUUACGUUAAAACUGAAGAACUUGAAGUAAAACAAGAAGGUGGACCGGGUGCGCAAGAGAAAUAUAGGAAUAUCAAUAGGCAGUCUCGUAUUGAAUCUGAAGAGAUUGAGAUAAAAAUAGAGAAAGAUAAUCGGGAUGGCAAUUUGUCAUACUACUUACAUGAUGAAACAAUUGAAAACAUAAAGAGUUCAGAAGACAUAAAAGAAGUAAUGAGUGAAGAUAUGUAUAAAUAUGAAACAGAAUUUAAUGAAAAUUAUAAAGUUCAAAUACCCUCAAGCGAAAACUCUGGCUUUCAAAAUCCAGAAACUUCAUCAACAAACAUGUGUGAUGUCCAUUGUCUUGAUACAAGCUGCAGGAAAAAUUUAUAUAGACAACAGUCAAUAAUAGAUCUCUCAAAAUUGAGAACAUACACAAACGAUAUGUGUAGUUUUGAAUAUAAAUUUAACAGUCAUCCGAAUAUGCAUCAGUUAAUACACAAUUCUUUAGAAAUCCAAAGGUACAAGUGUGAUAUGUGCAGUUUCGAAACUAAGUUUAAGAAUAAUGUAAAAUCGCAUCAAUUGGUACACAAAGAUUCUUCAGAAAUCCAAAUGUACAAGUGUGAUACUUGUACGUAUGAAACUAAAUACAAGAGUUACCUAAAAGUGCACCAGUUAACACACAAAAAGCCGUCGGAAAUCCGAAUGUACAUGUGUGAUAUGUGUAAUUAUGGAGCUAAACGUAAAAGUCAUCUAAAAGCGCAUCAAUUAAUGUACAAAAAUAUUUCAGAAAUCCAUAUGUACAAAUGCGAUAUUUGCAGUUUUGAAACUAAACAUAAAAGUUACCUGAAGGUGCAUCAGUUAACGCACAAAGACCCUUCAGAACUCAAAAUGUACAAAUGUGAUACAUGCAGUUAUGAAACGAAAUGGAACAGUAACCUGAAAAUGCACCAGUUAACGCACAAAGACCCUUCGGAGAUCCAAAUGUACAAGUGUGAUAUGUGUAGUUAUGAAGCUAAAUGUAAGAGUAAACUGAAAAAACAUCAGUUAUCACACAAAGACGCCUCAGAAACCCAAAUGUACAAAUGUGAUAUGUGUAGUUUUGAAACUAAAUAUAAGCGUGAUGUAAAAAGGCACCAGUUAAAGCAUAAAAAUACUUCAGAAAUCGAAAUGUUCAAAUGUGAUUCUUGUACCUACAAAACUAAACAUAAGAGAUAUCUAAAAGCACAUCAGUUAACGCACAAAAAGUCCUCAGAAAACCAAAUGUACAAGUGUGAUACUUGCGAUUUUGAAACCAAAUAUAAGGGUCAUCUAAAAGUGCAUCAGAUAACGCACAAAAAACUUUUGUAAAUUCAAAUGUACUAGUGAGGUAUGCGUAAAUUACGAAAUUAAAUAUAAGGAUUUGAAAAAUCACCAUCAUCAGGAUUGUGGGAUUGUGAUACUUCCUUAAAGGGAACCGUUGAACUAGAAAAAUUAGUUUCAAUUAAUAUUAAAACAUGGCAACAACUAUAUCAUUUUAUAAAAUAAACAGAAAAUA